CGGAUGAAUCGUGGGUUGGAGAGGUUUUGUUGAAUCUAAAGGAAACUUUACCAACCUCCACAAACCAAGCCAUCACAACACAAACUUGUAACAUAUAAACUGGAAAGACCUGCCCCUGCUGAGGGGGAAAAAAUCAAUAGCUGGGAAAAAAUAUGAGAAAAAAGGAAAGAAUUUGUGUUUUUGGCUCCCAGUCAGGUCAGAGCCGUCUCUCUCACUCACUCCCUUCCUUUUCACUCUCGCCUGUUCCCUUUCCUUUCUUUCUCUUAACUCUCUCUCUCCCACUCCCACUUCUCUCUCACAUCUGGAGGGUAUCUGGUGUGGCUGUGUGACUCCUUGCCUGCUAUGGGACAGCCUGUGUUUGGACUGGACGUCAGACUUCAGUGCAUUUCAGCAAACGCUGUUCGUUGGUGAGGACCAAAGCUUCAGACACAGCAGAGAGGACGAGCAGAGAGCCGACUGUCUUUUGCUGUUGGCCUGGAGAGCUCAACAGCAGACAUGGCCUUUCCCAAACAUUCCAUCCUGUGGACCCUGAGUGUGCUGCUCUUGGCCUGGGUUUUGGUGCGCUGCCAGGCCCCUCUUGAACCGGUGGAAGAGGAGGAGGGAGAGCCAAUGAAGGAGACACCAACAGUGGUGACAAAAUCUGAGCCAGUCCAGUGCCCGUUGGACUGUAGUUGCACGGCAGAGGGGGCAGUGGACUGUGCCGGAGUCGACCUCACAGAGUUCCCCGCGGGCUUGUCCGAUAAAACUCGCCAGCUCUCUCUACAGAACAACAAAAUUGAGGAGAUAACAGUGGAGCACAUUUCCCAUCUGCAUCAGCUUGAGACUCUCAACCUUCAGAACAACUGGCUCACCACAGAUGGCCUUGAAGAUGAAGGUUUCGAGAUGCUUGAACAGCUGGCUUAUUUAUACUUGGCAAAUAACAAGCUUACCUCAGCACCAAAGGUCCUACCACCCUCUUUGGUUAGUGCUGAUUUUGCUGCAAAUCAGCUUACAAGGAUCUACCCAUAUACGUUUGGCCAUAAACCAAAGCUGAGGUCUGUGUAUCUCCAUAACAACAAGCUGACUGACACAGGGCUUCCUGAUAACAUGUUCAAUGCUUCUGACAAUCUGGAGAUCCUCACCAUGUCCAGCAACUUCCUCCGGGUUGUCCCCAAGAACCUGCCCUCCACCCUUUACCGUCUUCACCUGAAGAGUAACAAGUUGGAGAAAAUCCCUGCAGGGGCCUUUGACAACUUGUCAAAUCUCAGAGAACUGUAUCUCCAGAACAACCUUCUCAGCAAUGAGGGCAUGGACAACGAGACUUUCAGCCAACUGAGCAGCCUGGAGUGUCUGGACUUGUCAAAUAACAACCUGAGUGUCGUCCCCAAGGGUCUGCCUCGCAAUCUGGUGCUACUACACCUAGAGAAGAACUCCAUCCGCAGCAUCCCUGGAGACGCUCUUACUUCUGUCAGAAACCUUGAGUACCUGCUCCUCCACAAUAACAAACUCCGUUCACGUUCCAUCCACCCAGCUGCUUUCCAGGGUUUAAAGAAACUACAUACUCUACACAUGUACAACAAUUUGCUGGAGCGGGUUCCCAGGGGCCUGCCCCGACGAGCCAAGACCUUAAUGCUGCUCCACAAUUCCAUUUCUGAAAUUGGCCGAAAUGACCUGGCCCUGCUCUACACCCUGACGGAGCUCAACCUCAGCUAUAACAAGUUGACCAGCUCCAAAAUGCACCGUGAGGCCUUCAGGAAGCUGCGUGUAUUGGAAAAACUGGAACUGUCUGGGAACAGCCUUCAUUCCAUGCCCCAGGGUCUUCCUCGCAGCCUGCAGGUCCUCGAAGUCAAGAACAACCAGCUCAGCUCCAUACCGGACGGUGCACUGACAGGCAUGGAGAAGCUACGAAAACUCAUCCUGAGUGACAACCAGCUGAAACUGAACUCAGUCUACCAAGGAGCCUGGAUGGAGCUCAGUGCUCUCACUACAUUAGAUCUGUCUGGCAACCAGCUGUCUCACAUCCCCUCUGACUUACCUGAGUCUCUGGAGUAUAUUUACCUGCAAAGUAAUCGCAUCUCCAGUGUUCCUGCUUCAGCAUUUGAAGGCACUCCAAACAUCAAGGGCAUCUUCCUCCGGUUUAACCGCCUGUCUGUGGACUCUGUGGAUGAGAGCUCUUUCACACACCUGUCCAACUUGCAAGUGCUAGACAUUGGCACAGGAAACACGGACCUCCCCUUCAAAAGAGAUGAGAUGGAAGAUGAUAAGGAGCAGGACACAUAAGAUACGCUCAAUUAAACUGGUAUUGGACUGGAUUGCAUCAAGGACAAGAGAGGGCUUCUAAAUGGGAAUGAACCUGUGGAUGUCAUUUCCCAGGUCCAUUACCAUAUUGUGCUGAGUGGCAGAGUCACAUAUUUCUGGUGCAGGAUACCGGAUGAAGUUACUUUAGUUUCCAUUUUAUGGGCUGGUUAGUAUUGCAUAUCUUUAUAUCUGAGCUUUAAUAUUUGUUUUUGACUGUUGACAUGCAGCAUCUAUCAUUUACAUUGUUUUUUGUGCUUUAUUCUUAAAAAAAAAAAAAAAUGCAUUCACAAGAGUCAAUGUGAAUUUUCCCAUGUAAAUGUCUUAAUCAAUACCAGGAAUUUAAACAGAGUGAGCAGAGUAUAUGUCAUUUUUGUAAAGGGCAGACUUGUCUGCUUAGCUUAAAAAAGUGAUUUUACUAGAAAUACUGUGAAAAAAUUUGUGUUUUUAACACCAUGGGUGGCUAGAUGAGCAGUCCGACUCCUACUGAAACCUACAACGCCACAGUAACUGUUGAAUGAAACACUGCAACUUUAAUAGGAUUUUCAGUUUCAUCAUCGAGUAAUCUAUUGCUUGUUUUUUCAAGUAAUCAAUCAAUCAGUCUCUCUGUCAAAAAAUGACUGAUGCCCACCACAAGUCUAAAUUUUGUUUCAAUAAUCCAAAAAUCUUACACAUUUCAUUUAUAAUAAGAAAAAGUAACAAUCAGUGAAACAUGUUAUUUGAGAAGAUUUAAAGUUACAAUCCUUAAAAUAUUAGUUAUAUCAGAAACAGUUUUUAAUAUGAUUAAUGUGGCCUGCAUUUUUUUAGCAAUAGGCAGUCACUACAUUUUUUAUUCCUUAAUUGCUGUAUCACAUAAAAUGUUUAAUUAUUGCUGGCAGAGUUCGCCUUUCUCGUGUGGAAUGCAAAUUAAGCAUCAAUUCACACAGGAAAUGAUGCAUAAUUGGAGUUGAUGCACAUAUUUAAAUGUACUGCAGUUUGGUACAACUGAGACUGUCAACUGUCUUCUUAGGAUUUUUUCAUUAAAACUUUGUGACAUUUUGUUGGGCAUGGUCCAAAGCAGUUAGCUAUCCUUCCUAUAAUACAUUUCAUAUGGUGCAGUCAGUAGUGUGACUGGUGCCUCCAGUGGUAAAGGCAUGUGUCAUAUUGAACAAACUCUUGGACUUUGUAAUUGUGUAAUUAAAACGCUCUUUUAAUCACCACUAGUAACUAGAGCUUUUGCAAAUCAACCAGGGCUUAAAUCUUAAGGAUUGUAACUUUAGCUACAAAUGUUUACUUGAUGAAUUAUUUAAAUUAUUAAUCAAAAUCAAAUUGAUCUAUGUUAUUUUUCUUUCCACUGACUAACUGAAUUAAGAGUACUGUUUCAGCACUAAUCUCAAAUAUUUUACAGGGUGCUGAAAAGUGACAGAUACACAGCCAGUGAGGUAUCUGUAUGACAGCAAAAAUCUUAGAAAGCAAUGUACCUACAAUGUGGAUCAAUGUGGACAUUAGUGUUUUUAUGAUAUUCCUUUGUCACAUACUUGUGAAUAAAAUAUUGCAAAUGUAAAAAGCAAUUUCAACAUAUCAGAAGCUUCAACCCAGGCUGCUGCUGCUGCUGCUGCUGCUACUUCAGUCCACUUCUAUUUUAUAAAAAGAUAGCAAAUAUUUUUAUAUGACAUUGAAAAUACUCAUCCUAUUACACUCACUAUAUUGCUAUUAAUACAGUGUCACUUUCACAUACAGCUGUAUUGUAUUGUCUCAUAUACAGUCAUUGAACACAGCAAUAAAUUAUUUGAAAAGGCUGAAGAA